GUAAUAAAAAGUUUCAGUUCUACAUACUGCCAAAGAAAGUUCAGCAGAAACAGAAACAAACAGCAGCACUUUACAAGAUCGGAUAUUGUGCAUUUUUGACUUUCUGAGUUGUAGAAACAAUGUGGAAUCUUGGGUCAGAUUCAAAAAUUUCAGAUUCGGAGGAGGACAGUGCCUCUGAGGAUGAAAGAGACAUUCAGUGUGAGAUUUUGGAGAAGGAGAGAAAUGAGGCAAAUGAAAAGCUGUCAGUGAUGGAGAAGGCGUCUUCUCAACUGCUCAAGGAAUUGGAUAUGUUGGAGGUGCAGUUUGAGAUUGAACGUUCCUGCAGGGAGACGGCAGAGGCCUUAGCACUAAAGGUUACAAAGGAUUACAAGGUAUUAAAGAGAAAAAGCCAAGCCAUUCUUCCACUGAUUCAGGAGAUGCCAGAAAACCUCUCUGUCCUGAACCUUGACCUUAAGUUUGAAACCGACUCUGAGGAGGACCCAGUUGAAGAGAGUGCUGAUGAUCCACUACUAAUAAGUCAAAAUCAAAUAAAAGAGUUGCAGUCAUCAAUGGACCGGUUACUUGGGGAGAAAAUUCAACUCUGUGAGCAGGUGGAACAACUUAAGAAAGAAAAUGAAGAUCUGAAGGAAAAGCUGGGGCUGGAGGUUGGGGAGAAGGAGGCCAUUCUUAGGAAACUCAGCAAGCAAAGCAGAACUGUGAACAAAAUGAAAAGAGUGUCCCAGCUUGUUACAGAAGAGUUUGCAGAUAUGUCCCAAAAGCUUGAAAUGGAGCAAGGACUCCGUCAACAUGCUGAAGUUUUUGCACACCAGAUGCUUGUGAAACAGAAGGAAACCCAAAAACAGACUGCGACCCUCAUACAGAAUGCAGAGACUGAGAAACAACUACAAGAAGCUCUGAAUCAAAUCACUGAUAUUGGCAAAGUACUGGAAGAGAUACGACUCUGUUUCCAAACCCAGGUGAAACAAUCCCAGACAGCAACUGAGGAGCUCAGCACUUUAUCAGAUCUGGCAGCUGUAAGAACAAAGUUGGUGAUCAGUGAGAAAGAAAGAAGCAAGUUGGAAACACAGCUGCAAGACUCACAGCAAUCUUUAACUGCACUUCAAGCGGAAAUCAUACAGCUCCAGGAUAAACUGAGAAAGCUGGAGGAACUUCCUUCCGUUAUAUCUGACCAAUCAAAAGAGGAAAACGAAAAUCCAACUAGUCCAACAUCCCCACAGCUUCCUCCUCCACCACCACCCCCUCCUCCACCACCACCUCCUCCUCCUCCAUCUUCAACAGUCACAGACCCAUUAAAGGCCUUGAGGAACAAAAAGAAGGUUGGAGGCACCACCGAACCUGCAAAAAAGAUAGAUGAUAUGAAGUCCAGAGCUGUGGAUGAGAUGAUGGAAAGAAUCAAGAAGGGAAUUGUACUUAAACCUAUUCUUAAACCACCACAGGCUGGAGUAGAGGAGGAAAAUGCAUGGAAGGAACAAAGAGCUGAGAACCGGAAAUCAGCUGUAUUAGAAUUACAGGGGAUGCUGGAUUCCAUGAAGAGGUCUGGCCCUCGAAGAGGCGAAUCUAAAAAACGCUUCAGCCGGAACGUCGGGGAGGCAGAGCUUCAGAUGGUGCUCCAGAGAAGGAGGCGGGCCAUAGCGGAUGACAAAGGGACUCCAUCUGAUUCACCAAAACCCAAAGAUUCACCUGCAGUGAACUCUUCACCUUGGGCGGGGGAGAGUAAAAGCGCCCCAGUCCUCAGGAGACUUCAGCAGAACCGCGAGAAGAGAGCCUCUCGCAUAAAGGCCUCUGAGUCGAUUAUAUGGGAAGAUAAGUAAGGUUUAGGGGUCUUUUAGUUUGAACUUCUACAUUUUUGAGAAUCGUGAUGUUGAAGUUCGACUUAGACACAUAUUUCCUUUUAACAGAUGCCAGAAUUUGUUUAAAGUAAAUGUCACAAGGCUGCAUAAAGCUUUAGCCCUGUUAACUUCUAAUAAAGAAGCCAAGGACCCAUGGAUUCGAAAUUGAUUUAUGAAUGCAAUAAAAGACAUUCUUUCUU